AUGCAUUUCCCCUUCCUAUUUCUGUCAUCUCUAAUUAUCAUCUCUUACUUUCCACAUGUGGCUACUGCUCCUUCCUCACCAAAUGUUCUAACCCAAGGCUCAUCACUCUUUGUUGAAAACGAUGAUCUUUUGGUUUCAUCAAAUGGCGUUUUCGCAGCAGGAUUUCACCCGGUUGGUGAAAACGCUUAUUGUUUCGCGAUAUGGUUUUCCAAACCCAUGUCGGAUGGCAAUCUGACAUUGGUUUGGAUGGCAAACAGAGAUAAACCCGUCAAUGGAAAACGCUCCAAGUUUUCCUUGUGGAAAACCGGAAAUCUUGUGCUUACAGAUGCAGGUCGACAUGUUUGGCGGACUGAAACUAUAUCUACUAAUUCGCAAUUGAAGCUUCUUGAUUCCGGUAACCUUGUUUUAAUUCAGCCAGAUGAUCAAUCAUAUCUUUGGCAAAGCUUCAGUUUUCCUACAGACACCAUUCUAUCCAAUCAGCGGUUUACCAGAGAUUUGGUUCUUGUAUCUUCAAGAAGUUCAACAAAUUUAUCUUCCGGCUUUUAUAAACUUUAUUUUGAUGACGACAACGUAAUCCGCCUUGUUUACGAUAGCUAUGAAAUAACCAGCGUUUAUUGGCCUAAACCUUGGUUACGGCCAUGGGAUGCGAUGAGAUCUACUUUCAACAAUAGUAGAUUCGCUUUGCUUGAUUCCAAAGGCCAAUUCAAGUCCACAGACAAUUUAACAUUCAUUACCACGGACUAUGGGCAGAUUCAUCAUAGAAGAAUGACACUUGAUGUUGAUGGCAAUGUUAGAGUUUACACACUUAACAAAGGAAGUUGGACUGUUUCAUGGCAAGCAAUUUCAAAAAUGUGUUCAAUUCAUGGGAUAUGUGGCCCAAACAGCCUUUGUACUUAUAGUUUUGAAUCAGGAAGGAGAUGCACUUGCAUGCAUGGGUACAAGGCUAAGAACCAUACUGAUCUGUCUUUCGGGUGUGAACCAAUAAUCAAACUCACUGGACAUCGCGAAAACUACGAGUUCAUAAGACUUCCUCAUGUGGAAUUCUAUGGAUAUGAUUCUAUUUACUUAGAAAACUCCACUUUCAAAGAAUGCCAUGAUAUCUGCUUGAAUGGCUCCAACUGCAAGGCCUUCCAAUUCACCUUUCGGAAGAAUAACUUCGAGUGCUACAUCAAGAGCUUGUUGUUCAAUGGCUACUACUUGGGUGGUCCUUUUGUGACUUAUCUUAAGCUAUCUAAAGAACAUGUCUUAUCCUUUGAUCAAAAGGUUGCUAAUAAGACGAGCUUGAAUUGCUCGAGUUCUACAAUCAUACUCAAACGAACAUAUGUGACAAAGCAAGCAAAUGGGUCUCUCAAAUUCAUGUUGAAGUUCAGCAUCAUUUUUGGUGUAAUUGAAUCCAUGUUCUUAUUCGUUUUCUUCUUCUAUAUUAACCGAAAAGCCCCAGGUGCAACAACCCAAUACCUUGCUCUCACAACCGGAUCGAGAAGGUUCACAUACAAUGAAAUAAAGAAAGCAUCUAAUAAUUUUCGAGAAGAGAUUGGACGAGGUGGUGGUGGUAUUGUGUACAAAGGCAUACUGCCCGACACCCGAAAGGUAGCAAUUAAGCAACUCCAUGAGGCUGGCCAGGGAGAAGCUGAAUUUCUAGCAGAAAUGAGCAUAAUUGGGAAGAUAAAUCAUAUGCACUUGACAGAAACAUACGGUUUUUGUGCCGAAGGAAAGCAUCGGAUCUUGGUUUACGAGUACAUGGAGAAUGGCUCAUUAGCUUGGAACUUGCAUACCAACCAGCUUAAUUGGCAGAAGAGGAUUGCAAUUGCAACCGGUGUUGCAAAAGGGUUAGCUUAUCUCCAUGAAGAUUGCUUGGAAUGGGUUUUACACUGUGACGUGAAACCACAAAACAUAUUGUUGGAUGCUGAUUACAAUCCAAAGGUGGCUGAUUUUGGCUUAUCCAAGCUAUUCAACCGAGGUGCAACUCAAGAUUCCAUCUUUUCCACCAUACGAGGGACUAGAGGUUACAUGGCUCCAGAAUGGGUGUUUGAUCUUCAAAUUACCUCAAAAGUGGAUGUUUAUAGCUACGGGAUGGUGGUGCUGGAGAUGAUAACUGGACGGAGUCCGACAUGUGAUCAAGCAAGCAAUCAUAGCCAAAGGGCUGAACAAAAACCACUUGUAAGUUGGGUUAGAGAGAAGGUUCAGGAGGCUAACGGAAGUUUGACAGAAUCACAAAUGGUGGAAUUAUUAGAUCCUACAAUGAGGGCUGAAUAUGAAAAGGAUCAAAUGGAGAAUCUUCUAAAAGUGGCUGAAUAUGAAAAGGAUCAAAUGGAGAAUCUUCUGAAAGUGGCUCUCCAAUGUGUGCAGGAAGAUAAAGACGCAAGACCAACCAUGAGCCAGGUCGUGAAGAUGCUUCUCCAUCAACAGAUACGCGAUUCAGGUGAGACAAGUUGA